AUGUUCAAACUUCGGACUCAUUUCAGUAUCAUUCACUUUCAAGGAAACAAACAAGAUUAUGUUAUUUGUGAUUCAUGUAAAUCAAUUAUUUCUUACAAAGCAGCUGCUGGUACUGGUGGCAUGCAAAAGUAUGUUGACUCUUGUCGUAAAAUUUCUAAUUUACUUGAUGAACCUAAUGAAACUAAAAUAACAAAAUAUUUUAAUUCAACAAAAAAUAAAUCGAAUUGUAUUCCUCUCAAACUGAAAAAUAAAAUUACAAAUGCAUUAACAGAGUUCAUUGUUCUUGAUAGUAGACCAUUUGAGAUUGUUAAUGGUUCAGAUUUUAUAAAUCUCAUCGAAUGUGUACUUGGUGCGGGUCGCACUUUACUCGAAUCGUCUACUGUUAGUGCAUGUGAUUUAAUUGCUGAUUCUCGAACGAUAAGUCGUCAUGUAGAUCGAAUCUAUGAAGAACGAAAAUCUUAA